UUUCUAUUUAAACGUAGCAUAGGCGUAGGAUACGGUUUUGCUUCAUUUCCUGUUCCUUAUGCGCUCUGUUAAACUACGUCGUUUGAGCCAGGCAGCUCACCUUCCCACUACAUGCCAGGUGAUGUACUGAGGGUGGUUUUAACAGAAAACCACCAGUUAUGCAGAGCUGUUGUUCGGCGCACGGUUUGUAGGUAUCUGCGCGUAAGGAGAGGCUGGGUGGAGACGUCAAAAAGCUGAAGACAAGAGAAGUGUGAGGCGGAGCAGACGGACAGGAGGCCACGGUUUCCCCUCACACUCUCCCACACAUCACCUCGGCCUUGAUGGUGAUGUAUGCGAGGAAACCAGCAAGAGCAAGCGAUGGGUGUAACGAAAGAAGGGAUUCACAACCCUGUCAGCCCAAGAUACAGUCCACCCUCCUUCAUCGUUACGAGAAGGUGCGUGACGCCUCGGUGGAUGCCAUGCCGCCUUACAAGAUGCUUCGACGCUCGAAUGAAAGUCCUGUCGGCAGACACGGAGAUAGCACGGGGCAAAGCAAGACAAAGAUUGCUCAUACAGUCAGAGGAAAAAAUGGAACCAGUGCCUCGCCUCAAGAAAACUCUCAGAACAACAGCAGCGCCCACCAUGGCUCAGACUCGCAUGCCACUCAAAGCAAGCCUACAGAGCGGGAUCCAUCAGAUGACUGGACGGAACACAUCAGCUCUUCUGGGAAGAAGUAUUACUACAACUGUAGAACGGAAGUCUCCCAAUGGGAAAAGCCCAAAGACCUGCUCGAUAGGGAACAGAGGCAGAAAGACUCGGCCAAUAGUUUCCCCAGAGACAUGGACUACAGACAAGAGGCCUUGCAGGACAAAGCCACUACAAAGACCACAUCCAGGGACCAAUCAUCCAACUCUGCCCAUUCUUCGACCACUUCUGCCUCCUCUUCCUCUCAGAGUCUAACAUCUGCCCCUGGCACGUUAGGCUCCUCCACCUACACCAUGUCCUCAAUUUCCUCCUCCACGUCCACCACCACCACCACCUCCUCCUCUUCAAUCGGGCAGCUGCUUCAGUCAAUCCAGUCCCCGUCCCCGGCACUGCUGCAGGACCCAGCGCUCCUUCAUCAGCUCCUACCUGCGCUGCAGGCUGCGCUGCAAGCAAACAACACCACCAUAGACAUGACCAAGCUCAACGAAGUCUUGACAGCUGCUGUCACCCAAGCUUCCUUGCGGUCUGUCAUUCAUAAGCUCUUCACUGCUGGACCUGCUUUCAACAUCACUGCUCUGCACUCAGCUGCUCAGCACUCCAACCAAGCCCAGCACUCCAACCAGUCUCCGGUCUCUCUCACGUCAGAAGCGUCAUCGCCACAGCCGUGCUCGUCUCCGCGAAACGGGACGUCUCAGAGCAACCCCAAAUCUCUCGUCGGUGUACAUUUUGGAAGCAUCACAUCAUCACAAACAAGGGGCAGUGUGACUUCGGCGAAGCAAGGAUCUGUCCCCCUGUCUCAGGUAACAGAGAAGCGACCAGAAGAUCCUAGAACUUUUCAACAAAAAAGCCCAGGGGUCAUUUGCCCAGGAUCGCACGCGGUCCCUGCGUUGCCACUCCAUUCCCCCUUUAGCAGCACCAGCCAAACCCAGAGGGAGACUCCGAGCUCCUGUAUUUCCACCCUAGCUGCUCAUUUUGAUGAGAACCUCAUCAAACAUAUCCAAGGAUGGCCUUCAGAGCGGACGGAGAAACAGGCGGCUCGGUUACAUGAGGAUGUUCACAACAUGGGCAGCCUAUAUAUGUCUGAAAUCUGCACGGAGAUGAAAAAUCUCCGUUCCCUGGUCAGGGUGUGUGAAAUCCAGGCCACGCUGAGAGAACAGAGAAUCCUGUUUCUGAGGCAGCAGAGCAAAGAGCUGGACAAACUGAAGAACCAGAACUUGUACAUGGUGUGAAGACCUGGUCAGUAUAGAGUCAUCAAAUCUAAAUCUUUGAUGAUUCAAAAUGCUGAUGGGAGGAGUGGUGGCGGGAGGGGGGAGAAAGGAGGAAAAAAAAAAAAAAAAAAGAGAGGAAUAGACAUGGACAGGAAGCUGUUAACUCAGCUUAGUUUCUGACAAGAUGGCGCUUCCAGAGUGGAGCAGCAUAAUCUUCAUCAUGUCUCCUCUUUUUUUUUUUUUUUUUUUUUGUUUUUUUUUUGUUUUUUUUUUGUUUUUUUUUUUUUUUUUUGUUUUUUUUUUGCUGUGUUUCUGUUGUGUUAGUAGAUGGCAAACGUUCAUUUUUGGAAGAUGAACUGAAAAAAAUCGCGGCAUAACAUAACAACUCGAACUAGAUGGUUAGAGCGAUGGAUGAUUAUUCCAAUAAACCCCCCCGGAAACGGACACGUACAAUAAACUGUACGGAUCCUACAGCACUGAUGUUGUUGUUUUUUUUUUUUGUUUUUUUUUUUUUUUUUUGUUUUUUUUUUGCUGUGUUUCUGUUGUGUUAGUAGAUGGCAAACGUUCAUUUUUGGAAGAUGAACUGAAAUAAAUCGUCGCAUAACAUAACAACUCGAACUAGAUGGCUAGAGCGACGGAUGAUUAUUCCAAUAAACCCCCCGGAAACGGACACGUACAAUAAACUGUACGGAUCCUACAGCACUGAUGUUGUUGUUUUUUUUUUUUGUUUUUUUUUUUCCUGAAGGCAGCGGUUAUUUCACUGCAGUGUGGUGUUUUUAGUCAUGACAAGAGAAAAUUUUUUUUUUUUUUUUUUUUUUUUGUCUGGGUUUAUGCAUUAAUUUAAGUGGUACAAACUCACAGCAAAGCUGUGGUCAGUCUUGUCAAACCCACACACCAGUCGUUUCAAGAACCAUUUAUUUGUCGGACCUAAGAUGACCUAAGUUGAGGUUGUAUUGUGCGUGCGGUCCUGCUGGCUAUUUUUCGGUCUAAUUUUCGGCUAAUUUUUUUUUUUUUUUUUUUGUAUAAUUAUUAGCAUUUUAUUUGUCUCCCAAAUCCAGUUGGGAAGCAGUUUUAUUCCUUAUGUUAAGCUUUGCAAAACUUGGACUGAAUUCAAGCUAAAUUAUUCUUGCACACGACGGACGAUUUGUUUAUAACCUUGUUUUUUUUUU